AUGGGUGACUUAGACCUCAGCGACACCGAACGAAUGACAAAGCUGCAGCUUUUCGAGCUGAAUGCGCUGCAGGUGGUGGGCGACUGGUCAGUGCAUGACGAUGGCGAUGGUCAUUUAUUCUACCACAACUUCAAAUCAGGUAUAUCGCAAUGGAUAGUCCCUGAGGACCUCGCAGCGCUUGAAACCGAGUUUAUGAUGAAGCUGAUGCUGCAAAACGCGGUUGCUCGCUCAAAUGUGUGGACUGCUCACGACGCAGGCAAUGGCACUUUGUAUUAUUUCAACUCAAAGACACGUCAGUCGGUUUGGGAGCGUCCUUGCGAUUGGGGUAAACUAGAAACAAAUGUAGAAAAUAAAACAGAGAGGGAGGUGCAAGAAGAGAAAGAGAACGAGAAGGUUAUCACGGAGAAUCAAGAAAAAAGGAAGCGUCAAAAUCAUGAACUUAGCAAAACCAAGCAAGGCGAGGCGGCUAAAGAGCAGCUGGAACUUCAUGGGAACAUACAAUUACAGGAAGAGGAUUUACCUUUGACAAUAGAAGAGCGACGAUUGACUGACGAACGCCAAAAGCAAGAAGAGAAGGGAAUUGAGCUAUUUCGAGUCAUGUUGCGGGACAAGAAUAUCAUGCCUUUUUGCAAGUGGUCGGUGGCGCUGCCCCAAAUUGCAGGAGACCCACGCUUUCUGGGUGUGCCGACAAUGGACAAACGCCGUGUCAUAUUCGAAAAUUUCGUGAAGCACCGUCGAGAAGAGUUAAAGUUGGAAAAUAAGGGCAAAUUGAAGCAGGCAAAGACACUUUUUGCGAAUUUACUCAGCGAGCACUUUCGGCUCGAUACGUGGGAACCAAGCACAACAUUGAGUGUUUUCUUAUCGACACUAGAGACGCAUAUUGAUGCUGAACGUUACAAAAAUAUCCAAGAAAAUGCAUUGGCGCUGCUGAAAUUGUCAACUCAGGAAAAGAUUUAUGCUAAGGCAGUAGCUGAUUUUAAAAUGGAAGCACUCAAACGAGACGGCGAGCAGUUGCGACUAAUGAAUUACUUUGAUAAAAAAAUUCAUACUGAAGGCAACAAGACAUUGCAGUGGGAGAGCGAUGAGUUACAGAACCUUCUACGCGAAUACUAUAGCAAUGCAGCUUUGAGUGGCGAGGCGCACACACUACUUUCGAAGGACCGGCAGAGACAAAUUUUCGAAGAGUUAAUACUUCGUAGAUGUGCCUCAGCACGAGAUGAGACGGAGCCUGGGCGACUUCAGUCGUCAACGAAGAAACGUACACAUUCAAGCGGGCACAAGCACGAUGUGUCGAAUUCACGACGUGAGUCGCGCCAAUCGCGUAAUAAUAAUCGUUUGCGUAGUCGCAGUGUUAGCCGAUCGAAGUCUUAUGAGCGCAAUAGGAGUUUUUGCAAUCGAAGAAACAGUCGGCAUCGUUCAUCUUCAUCGUCACAGUCUAGCUCACACAAAAAGCAUUCAUCUAGGAGUCAUAUACAACAUCGUCGACGCUUGUAUUCGCCGUCGAGAUCUCGCUCACGAACACGUCGUUAA